AUGACUGAACCAGCUCCUUCAUACAGUAAGAAAAAAAUUUUGUACGAACUCUAUUAUGGGUUUAGGCCAAACAAGCCUACUUACACACCUGAUGAUUAUCCUAAUUUGACAGGUAAGACGGCUAUUGUGACUGGUGCAAAUACCGGCAUUGGCCUUCAUGUCGCCAAGAUAUUAUACGAGAAAAAUUGUGACGUUAUUAUAGUAGUGCGGACUGCAGCUAAAGGCGAAAAAGCUCGUGACGAGAUAGUGGCAGGCGCCCCAGACUCUAAAGGCUCCGUUAUCAUUGCAGAUGGUUGUGACUUCCUUGAUCUCAACACAGUCAAACCUACUGCGAAUAAGAUCAAAACUGCGCUGGGUGACAAGCCAUUAAACGUCAUUAUUCACAAUGCGGGGUUAAUGUCACCUAUUAACACCGGUAUCUCCAAACAAGGUAUCGAAGCCAUGUUUCAAGUCAAUGACAUGGGUCCACAGUUAUUGCAGCACUUCUUAGACCCUCUGUUUUUGAAGAAGGAUAGUGAUCUAAAAAGAAUCGUAUGGGUCAGUUCUGCAUCCCAUUUAAUAGCUUUCAGAGAAUAUGGUAUUAACUGGGAAAACCCAGGGUUUGAAGGUGUAGAUGCUGGAAAAAGGCCAGCAGCAGCGGCACUCUACGGACAAUCCAAAGCAGCCAAUAUAAUGCAGGCCAAGGCAUGGAGUACAAAAAACAAAACGAUCGUAGAUGAGAUUGGAUGUGUCUCAGUGUCCUGUUAUCCGGGCAAUUUGAAUACCGAUCUUACGAGAGAUUGGAAUCCCUUAUUAAGAAAGAUAGGUGGCUAUCUAUUUUGGGAUGGGAAAUACGGCGCUUAUACUGAAUUAUACGGUGCGUUAUCCCCUGCGCUGACGACAAAAGACCAAGGUGCUUACGUUGUUCCCUUUGGUGAAAUACAUGAUCCAAGAGAGGACAUUAAAGCAGCCUUGGCAAAUGGUACUGAUCUCAAGUUAUGGAAUCUCAUUGAAGAAAAAAUAUCCAAAUAUUUUUAA